AUGUACACGCUGCCAGGAGGGCACGGGAGUUGCGGGGAACGGAUGAAUACUCCACAGAAAGGCUGCAUUUUGCAUGACGAAGCUGGGAGAGGUCGUGAGCUGUGGAAAUGCGAUGAAAGCGUGGUCAUUUCAAAGCACUUGGCACUUUUCAUGGAGCAUUCUGCAUUACUUAUGCUGGUUCUGCGGAUGAAGAUACAUCGUCUCGAUGCUGGAAAUGAGCAACAGCGAUGUUUUGAAGUUUUGGAGGGAUAA